AUCAUUUUUGUCUUUGAACAUGUGUGUAUCCGGCAGGUGUUGGCGUACUCUGUGGCGUGUGUGUGUGUAUCGGCCUUCAGCGCAGACAUCAUAGACGCUGCCAAGGCUGAGGAGGUUAUGACCUCUCUGCGCACCCUGACCGAGGAGAGCCAGCAGACCCCAGGCUUCUCCCUGGCUCUGGGGCUGGUGGUGCACGGCCUGUCCAUGUCCGGCCACGGGAAGGCCGAGGACAUCCAGCCCCGCCUGCUGGCUGCCUGGGUGAAGAUCCUCCUGGCAGAGGGCUGUCCCACAAUGCAGCGGCUGGCUGCCGUCAAUGGCCUUGUGGCGCUGGUGGGGUCUGAGAGCUACCUCUUCCAG